UUCGGAGCACACACAGAACAGCAGACAGACUCUCUGAAGAUCGAAUGGAAUACUCUGGAAUGAGGCUGAUGGUGCCUUUGCUGCUGCUGGCAGCCUUCUCUGUGGCUGGGGCUGCAGUGACGCAUCCUUUUGCCACCAACUACACGAAUGACAUCCUGCGCCUGGCCAAGGCGGCCCACAUCAAGGCCUACAUGGGCGAAGAUCCGGACAGGGCGUGCGAUAACUUUUACGACUUUGCCUGCGGCAAUUGGCCGCGUCUGCAUCCGGCCAGGAUCCACAACCACAAGACCAACUAUCUGGAGGAGCUGCAGGAGCUGUACAUCCGCAAGAGCGCCGAUAUGCUCAAGAGUUCGGCGCGCAGUGCCGACAGCAGUGCCGAUCGCAUCCUCAAGAACUUCUUCAACUCGUGCUGCCUGCAGGCGAACGACACACGGUCCGCCCUGACGGCCGUCCUGCUCGAGGCGACGGACUUCCGCGGCGGCUGGCCCGAGAUUCGAGUGCCCUCGUGGUACCAGUACGAGUACGACUGGCUGAAGGUGGUGGCCACCCUGAAGCGGCAGCUGGGCGUGGACAUAUUCAUCGGCCUGGACGUGAUAGUCGACUACAAGGAGGAGCAUAUGCAUCGCAUCAAGCUGGGUGCCCCCGCAUUGCCGCUGGGGCAGCGUCGCCACUAUCUGGACGGGCGCUACCAGGGCACACGGGAUCUCUACAGACGUUCGAUACAGCAAAAACUGAUGCUCUACUUUCCCGAACAGUCCAAGCAAUGGCUGAAGGAGGUCUCGGAGCAGGUGCUCGGCAUUGAGGAGCAGCUGGCCCAGGGCUUGCCCCACAAUGCGGCGCUCACGCUCGAGCAGACGACGCGCCAGCGUACGGCGGCCGACAUGAAGUCCGCCUACGGUAGCUAUGUGGACAUAAGCCGCUACCUGCAGCUGAUCUUCAGCGACACUCUGUACGUGGACAUCUACGAGACGCCCGAGGACUAUCUGUCCAAUCUGGUGGACGUGAUCCGCGGCACGCCCAAGCUGCAUCUGGCCAACUACACGAUCUGGCGGACACUAGACUUUUUGGAUGCGGCAAGGAUACCGCAAUCCGUGCAGCCCGAUAUCUGGUGCAUCAAGCUCACGCAGCGUCACUUCCCCCAGCAGCUGGAGAGCCUGUUCCACCGGAACUACAACAACAUGCAGAUGAUCAACGAACUGCAGUCGACGUGGACGGACAUCAAGCGGGUCUUUCGCGAGGAUCUGCAGGCUUCGGAGAGGCUGCACUGGCUCUCGCAGGAGACGCGCCAGAAGGCCAUCUCGAAGCUGGAGUCGCUGCAGCUGCAGUUUCGAUCGCACGACGAUCAACAGCUGAUCCGCAAGCUGCACGGCCUCCAGCUGCAGGCCAAACAGUUCUACCCGAAUCUCCUGGCCGUGCUGCAGUGGGAGACACAGCGGCGGCUGGCCAAACUGAUGCAGGAUCCUGUGGCGGAGGAUCGGGUGCUGCACAAGCUGCCGCACUACGAACUGAAGAGCAACAAGAUCCAGGUGCCCAUCACCUUUCUGCAGGCACGCUUCUUCUGGGAUCCGGCCUAUCCGAAUGCCCUGAAGUACGGCACACUGGGCGUGCUCCUGGCCCGCCAAAUGCUGCACGGUUUCGACGGUGAGGGCCGGCGUUACGACGCCCAUGGCUAUCAGAACAACUGGUGGGAUUACACGUCGGAGAGCUCGUAUGCGCGUCGGAGUCAGUGCUUCCAGGAGCAGUACGCCAUCUUUGUGCAGUACCGGGAGAAACCGGUGCAGGAUAAGCAGCUGCUGCGUCGCAUUGUGGCCGACAAUGGGGCCUUGGACAUUGCCUAUCGGGCGUACACCAAGUGGCUAAAGAACUCCGCGGAGACCAUGGCCAGCUAUCAGCGGGAGCGUCUCCCCCUGCUGGACUACUCGAACCUGCAGCUGUUUUACCUGGCCUAUGCGCAGCUCUACUGCUCGGACUAUCCGGAUACCCUGGAGCGGUACGAGGAGCUGCCCGAACAGCUGCGCAUCAAUGCGGCUCUGUCCAACUCGCAGCAGUUCACGAAUGCCUACAGCUGCCCCAGCGGUUCCGCGCUGAAUGCUCGCUUCAAGUGUACCCUUUACUAGGAGGGUAAAUCGAUCUAUCGAUUCCAUUUCCAUUUCCAUUUAUGUAUUUUACACAAGAGUUUUUGUUGUUCUAUAAGUAAAGCACUUGCUGCUGCCCCUUUA